UGAACCAGUGAAGUAGGACGGAGGAAAAGGGUAGGGUAUUUUCUACCUGUCAGUUCUCCUCCACAGCGCCAACUUUUUUCCAACUCCAGUAAAAAAUCCGAGCUCAACAGCCGCGUGAGCUCCACAUGCACACGCUAGCGGACGGCAAGCUCUUGAUUCCUUUCCCAACCGGGGAAAAUGCCCCAACUACGUUACAAUGGAUCUUCAGCCUUUGUUAGCUCAGCGGGAGAAAACAAUGGUGAUCUCAUUCGCUGUCAUCAUGUCGUUUCUGGAGUCGCUGUCAUGCAGCCUUUGGGCUCUAGUUUUAAAAUGAGUGACUGCGCUGCCUGAGUAAUGACUUUUACCAAGGACGAGCUGCGCUCUGAGAGAAACCCGCGGUCCUCAAUUAUAAUCUAUUACAAAACUUGUUUUGUCUUUUACCAAUUCGCACAAAAUGGUGUAUCCAAACAAGUUUGAAGGUUUUAUGAUCGAGUCCCAGGACAAAUGGAGCGACUUUUCCAAGAAGGAGUUCGACCCCAAACCAUUUGAGGACUACGACAUUGACAUCCAAGUGGAAGCAUGCGGUGUCUGUGGAAGUGAUGUUCACACCAUUACUGGCGGCUGGGGGCCUUGCAAUUUGCCCCUAUGCGUCGGACAUGAAAUUGUUGGAAAGGCGAUCAAGGUCGGCGACAAGGUAUCGACGGUCAAGGUCGGCGACCGUGUCGGAGUGGGUGCGCAGAUCUGGGCUUGCUUGAAGUGUAAGAACUGCAAGGCCGAUAACGAGAAUUACUGCCCUCAUCAAGUCGAUACUUAUAAUGCGCCUUAUCCUGAUGGCACACUUUCGCAAGGAGGAUACUCUAGCCACGUCCGCGCCCACGAAUACUUUACGUUUCCCAUCCCAGAAAACAUUGCCAGCGAGGUAGCUGCACCGAUGCUCUGCGCAGGUAUUACCACUUAUAGCCCGCUGGUUCGCGCAAAGAUCGGUGCUGGCAAGAAGGUUGCCGUCGUAGGAAUCGGCGGUCUUGGUCAUUUUGGAGUCAUGUGGGCUAAUGCCCUCGGCGCUGAAACAUAUGCCAUCUCGCACACGCCCAACAAAGAAGCAGACGCAAAGAAAAUGGGCGCCAAGGAAUUCAUUUGCAGCAAGGACAAGGACUGGGCUAAACCCUGGGCAUUCACAUUCGACUUGAUCCUCAACUGCUCAGACAUGACUUCUGAGUUCAAUCUGCCCGAGUAUAUGAGCACGCUCGCCGUCAAUGGUACCUUCCACCACUGCGGCAUGCCAGAUAAGCCUCUGCCACAGCUCAAAGUUCCGGACUUUGUUCCGGGCGGUUAUGCAAUGUCUGCGAACCACAUCGGAAGCCGACCCGAGAUUCUGUCCAUGCUCAAGCUCGCUAGCGAUAAGGGAAUCAAGACGUGGGUCGAAAAAAUUGACAUUAGUGAAAAGGGAUGCAAGGAAGCUGUGGAGAGAGUGUAUAAGAAUGACGUCCACUACCGGUUCUCCUUGGUCGGCUUUGACAAGGCCUUUUCACGACAGUAAUUGUCUUGUGCUGUUGUCGAGCAUUAACCGAUUAUGAUUGACCGUUUACAAAAAUAGGCGGAGUGGGCGUAAACAAAAGGUGUUUGAAGAAUCAGUGGUAGAGGGUUUUGGAAGUAUAGAUACCAAGAAAAGGCGUUGACGAGAGGCUGAGGGGUUUAGUAUGUAUCUAGAAGCGAUCUGGAGCUGUUAUAUGAUGAACGAGAAAUAUACACGUUAGUACCGCGCGAAAUGAUUCAUAGAUGAGUGAGUAAACCAAAAAAUAAUAAUAAUAAUAAUAUAAGUAC